UUCGCAGAGUGGUUAUCAACCAAAAAACGACAUCGGAGAAUUAGGCGCUAUUUUCAAUAGCGAUGACGCGCACGAAUUGCUAUCAAUGGGUUAGUCAAGGGAAUGUAUGGAACGAGAAGUGCAUGAAUCGGCGUGGAAGACCGCAUGGUCAGUGGGUGGCUAAAGUGGAGUGCGCGGAUUUCCAACCUGACAAGCAGCGGCACGUCGUCCACGUCCGCAUACUCGUCGUCGCAGGAGAAGGAAAACGUGGACGACGUGGAGAUGGAGAUGGAGAGAGCACUCCCUCACCAGCAACCAGUGAAGAGUCGCUAAUAGAAGCACGCUCUCCAUCGCGCUCUCCAUCUCCGAAGCUGCUGCGGACCCCGUCCAUGAAGAAGAAGAGGGCGCCUCUGCAAGGGCAGUUCGUCACAACGUAUCUGAAAAGCCUGCCAGACAAUGUUGCCGUAGGGAAAAUGAGUUUGACCAAUACUUUGCUGGAGCCAGUGCAGUAUGUCGAUCGAUUAGAAGACGGUACAUAA